AUGGACUCUCUUACCACCCACCCCUCGAACGCCAUCCAGGCGAGGGCGUUUACCUCCCCUGCCUCGCUGUCCUUUCCCGGUGGUGCUGGUGAUCUGACUCCGCCCUCGGAGAAGGAUGGGAAUAUGGCAAUGGGUGCGCAGGGUGUGAACGGACACGUGAACGGUCAGCAGCAGGGAGGGAAUGCCUCUGCCGGCAAUGGGGUGACGCCCACGACUCCCGCUACUCCCGUCGCGACCCCUGGUGCUAACACACCGGGGAGUGGCAUCGUGCCGACCUUGCAAAACAUUGUCGCUACUGUCAAUCUUGACUGCCGUUUGGAUUUGAAAACCAUCGCACUUCAUGCAAGAAAUGCGGAGUACAACCCUAAGCGUUUCGCGGCCGUGAUCAUGCGUAUCCGGGAACCCAAGACCACCGCGUUGAUCUUCGCCUCGGGCAAGAUGGUCGUCACGGGUGCCAAAUCGGAGGACGACUCCAAGCUGGCAUCCCGGAAGUAUGCGCGUAUCAUCCAAAAGCUCGGCUUCAAUGCCAAGUUCACGGAUUUCAAAAUCCAGAACAUCGUCGGCUCCUGUGACAUCAAGUUCCCCAUCCGUCUGGAGGGGCUGGCUAGUCGCCAUCACAACUUCAGUUCUUACGAACCUGAACUGUUCCCUGGUCUCAUCUACCGUAUGAUGAAACCGAAGAUUGUGCUUCUUAUCUUCGUCAGUGGCAAGAUCGUCCUGACCGGCGCCAAGGUCCGUGAGGAGAUCUACCAGGCGUUCGAGCUGAUCUAUCCUGUGCUGUCUGACUUCCGAAAGGUUUAA